AUGAGGCCCCUAGUGGCCCCUCCUAAAACCCCCCAGCUGGAACUGGAAGAUGGAGAGAAGGAGGGAAGAGAGGUAGAGAAGACCCAGUCCAAACCCAAACCGCUCCUGGACUUCAGUGUGUUUAGGGACAGGGGUUUCCUGAUCUACACCAUAGCUGCAUCUAUUAUGGUGAGUCAGGAACAGGAACAAUACUGUGUUACGUCCAAAAUGGCACCCUAUUCCCUAUAUAGUGCACUACUUUAGACCAGAGCCCUGAGUAAACAGAAAUUACAAUUCAAUAAUUGAAAAAAAGGGCUCAAUAAACUGAAAAGUAGAAGCUAUAGUUCUUCCAUUUUUAAAUGUUAUAUUCAUGUCACUUAACUGCAAUUAAAUUGUUUGCCUUCAUUUAAAAUUGGCAUUGUUAAAGUUCAUCCUGUCCUACCCUAGGUUCUGGGUCUCUUUGUGCCGCCUGUGUUCGUGGUGAGCUAUGCCAAGGAGCUGGGGAAUGAAGACACUAAGUCGGCCCUCCUCCUGUCCAUCCUAGGCUUCAUAGAUAUCUUCGCCCGGCCCACCUGUGGCAUUAUCGCUGGGCUGAAGUGGGUCAGGCCCAGAGUUGUCUACCUGUUCAGCUUCGCCAUGAUCUUCAAUGGAUGCACCGACCUGGUGGGAUCUCAGGUAAGGCUGGAAUUAUGAUAUGUAAUUACAGUAAUGUGUUGGCUUGUUGAGGUUGAUUUGGUUGUCGUAUGUAAAUGUUUGUUUGCUGUAUUGACUAUUGAUACAUAUCUAAACUAUACAUGUGUUGUUAACAUCCCUGUUUUGACUGUAUUUGUAUCCUGAGUAUCAAUACUUUUACUGUAUCCUGUAAAUACUGUAAAAUGUUACUGUAAAUACUAUAUCAUUGAUAUAUUAAGUUUUCAUUUCCACCCCGCAGGCGAAGGACUACCCAUCUCUGGUGGUGUUCUGUGUGUUCUUCGGGAUCUCCUACGGGAUGGUGGGGGCACUACAGUUUGAGGUUCUCAUGGCCAUCGUUGGCACGGAGAAGUUCUCCAGCGCUUUAGGACUCGUGCUGCUCAUGGAAGCUAUCGCUGUGCUGGUGGGACCGCCUGGAGCAGGUUAGUACACACCGGGUUAACAGGUGAAGGUUGGGUUAGGGUUAGGUUAGGGUUAGGGUUAAGGUUAGGGUAAGGUUAGGGUUGGGGUAAGGUUAGAUAAAUGUAAUGGAUAAUUUAUCCAGUUCUCUCUCUACCUGUUUCUCCUUCAUCUCUCCUCUACCUCCUCUCUCUCUUCCCUCUUUCCAUCCCUCCUCAGGUCGGCUGCUGGACGCCACUAAGAACUACAUGUACGUGUUCCUGCUGGCAGGAACUGAGGUGGUUCUCGCCGCCGUGGUCCUCGCCACGUGUAACUUCCUGUUCAUCAGGAAGAAGCCCUCAGAACCCACCGCGGAACUGGAGAACGGAACGGUUGCCACGGAGAUGGAGCAGCUCAACAAGCCCGUUGCCGCCGAGGAAGAGGAGGAGGAGGAAGAAGAGAAGGGGGAGAAGGAGGAGAAAGAGAAAGAGGAGGUGAAGGAGAUGAAGGAGGAGGACAGUGAGAAAGAGAAGGAGGAGAUCAGGCCUGAGAUCGUAGAAGUGGAGCGCAUCCUUAAAGAACCAGAAGAACAAAAUGGCGCGGUGCUCUCCAGUUCUGAGACACGUCUGUAG